UUUAUUGUGAUUUGUAAUGAUAAUAGUUAAUAGCUUAAUCCAUCCUUCCAUUUCAAAUUAAUACUCCUAUCAGACUAUCAGAGUCUUGGUUAAUUAUAUCUCUGUCUUCUUACAUGUACGACUUAAUUGUGAGAUAGCUACCUUGAUUGACUUUGCAUUGUUUGCUUCUAUAACCAAAUUAAAUUCUCAGCUUUCAAACUAGGGAUUCUCUAGCUAAAGAAAUUAUUUGGAAGGGGAACCUAUUCUUGAAUAUGACUGCUUAGCCUUUGAAAAGCUUCCCAAUUAUUGGAGAAUUUAGACUUGCCAACACGUUGAAUACAGGGACUUUGUGAUGAUUUAGGCAAAUGAUGACAUAACAAUGAGCAGCUUGAAUCUCUGAGACAGAUUCUGUGGAAAAAUGGUGAGGAGUAGUACUCAGCAGUGUGAUGAGAAGAGACCUUUGAAGAAAGGGCCAUGGAGUCCUGAUGAGGAUCACAAGUUGAUAGCUUACAUUCAAAGAUAUGGUAUUUGGAAUUGGAGUCAGAUGCCUAAACCUGCAGGUCUGGCAAGGUCUGGGAAAAGUUGUAGACUUCGUUGGAUGAAUUACUUGAGGCCGGAUAUUAAGCGCGGAAACUUCAGCAAGGAAGAAGAGGAGACCAUAAUCAAGUUGCAACAGAAUAUGGGAAACAGAUGGUCUGUGAUUGCAGCAAAACUUCCUGGAAGAACUGACAAUGAAAUCAAGAAUUACUGGCACACCCACUUGAAAAGGCGCCUCAACAAUGACAAAGCCAAAAGCGUCGAGAAUACUUCAUCUGAAACUGAAACCUUUCUUCUUGAUAAGGAAGCUCCAAAGGCAUCACAGUUGGAAACUUCUAGAGAAAACUUCUCUUCAUCAAGUUCUGGUAUUGCUGAUGAAGUUUAUCACAAACCCCAGAUUCCAGAACAGCAGAGCAUCUGUGAAACAUUUGGUGAACUCCAAAGUUUGUGGACAGAUUCUCAAGUGACAUCAACAGCGGUGAAAAAUUCUGAGGCUAUGUUUACAGAUUCUGCUGGAUUUACAUUAUCAAGUGAUGCUGAUCAAGUGUGGCUGCAGCAAGAGCCCAUAUUUCCAUGUGGUUCCUAUAGUGAUGAUGCUCAUGUUCCCAUGAGUGACUAUUGGGUCAAUUUAUCAGUACAGUCUGAUGAAACAAAUGGAAUGUGAUGACACUCUCUUUGCCAUUUUGAUGCUAUCUUUGAACUUCAACUUAUUUUGAACUAGUAGAAAUGUAUUUGGUUGCU